AUGGACCGCACGACCUCCGCCCAUGGACGGCCUCAGCUCGGGGCUCCCCCGCGAGCACACGCCGCCGCCGAGCUUCACCAUCUCCGCGGCGCUCCUCCGCGUCGUACUCCGCGCCUAAGCGCGGGGUCCACCAAACCCCAAUCCCCGCCGCCGGCGCCUCCGCAGCAGCUUCGUGGCCGAUCGCGGCCGUUCAGAGCACUCCAGCGGAGAACGCCUCGGCGCCGUCGCCGUCCCGCGCUAAGCUCUGUCGCGGCCUCCGUCCGCCCCGCCGCCGCCGCCCCCGCCACGCUCGAGAUCCCGCCGGAACAGCGGCAGAGCUCCGCGGCGAACGAAGGCGCACGGCGGGCCGCCAGCGGGGGGCGACAGGGCGCGGUCCGGGCUCGUGGGUGGACGGAUCAUCCGCGACUCUGCUGCAGGCAGCGCGACAGCCCCGGUGUCAAAUCCCGCAGCCCGCGCGGAUCUCGAGCCGCGCGGCGUGCGGGGGGCGGCUGCGGCGCAACGAGGGCGCGGCAGGCCGCGGCGGGGCGAGCGAGGCUCGCGGCGUCGCGGAGCAGCAGCGGCGGCGAAGCUUUUGCCGCGGCGACGGGCCCCCGAGCGAGCUCUGCGCGGAAUGUUGUAAUGGUGGAGCUCCGCCGGGCAGCAGCACGAGGAGUGGGACUGACGACGACGGCGGCGGCCAUGAGUGCCGGUGCUACUGCUGCGAAAGAGGAUGAGGGCGGCGGCGCGGGGCGCGAACAACCGUCGUUGGAGGAAGCGGAGCGGGAGGGGAGGGGAGGCGAGGCGGCGGAGACGAGGCGGAGGGGAGUGUGA